UACUGGCAUUUAGGGUAAGCUACAGGAUGCUGGGGGACAAGGAGGAGACAACUGUUUAAACAAGCAUUUUAACAAGGAGUGAACCAGGAAGUCAGCAUACCUGUGUAAGGAUUAGCACCUGCAACUCUUGGGGUCUUAAAGUCACAGAUGCUGACAGCUGUCCACAUGCAGUGUCUGCAAAUAGAAAUUUUACCUGAUGUUUUAAGCUAGGACAGGGAAUCACAAUGCAGCCUGUGCACUUACAUAGCCUCUCAGAAUUGGAAAGAGCCAGUCUACAAAGAAUUGCUUUUUAUCGGCUGCAAGAAAAUCAUAUAAUCAGCGCGAUCAACUUUCCUAAAGCUGGACCUAAACAAAACAAAUCCAUCCGGAGCAAACUGGAGAGCUUCUCCAAGGAGAAGAAAGACUGCUGUCCUCUGGCCUUUGGGAUUCCACUCUCCCAAGUCAUUGCCAAUGAUCGGGCACAUAAGCAAAUGCAGGAAGCAGUGAAAGGCAACCGCAGAGUCUGGUUGGAGGUGGAAGCAUCAGUGACUGAAUUCCGAACUCAGAUUCAGAAGAAAUCCCCAUUGGGUGGAAGCUGUGUGCGAUCCUAUGAAGUGCUGACUGAUGAGCCACUUUCUCCCAUUUUCCUGGACAGAAGAUCCCAGAGCCAGCGAAGGGGGGCAGUGUCAGUGGACUCCAUUACUGAUUUGGGUGACAACACUUCCAGGCUGUUGGAAGCACUGCAGCUGUCACAUCCCGAUGAGCUGGACCUUAAGAGAACUCUGGAGAGGAAAAGGCUGUUAAGCCUCAACCCCAUCUACAGGCAGGUUCCACGCAUUGUGGACAGAUGUUGCCAGCACAUUGAAGCAUAUGGUCUCCAGACAGUGGGUAUCUUCCGUGUUGGAAGUUCUAAGAAAAGAGUUCAACAGCUGCGGGAAGAGUUUGACCAGGGGCUUGAUGUUUUCUUGGAUGAGCAUCAAAGUGUCCAUGAUGUGGCAGCUCUGUUGAAAGAGUUUUUCCGGGACAUGCUGGAUUCUCUGAUUCCCAGAAAGCUCUAUACAGCUUUUGUUAGCACAGCCUCUGUGAAAGAUAUGGCUCAACUCUUGACACUGCAGCUACUGGUUUACCUACUACCACCCUGUAACAGUGAUACCCUCUACCGACUACUACAGUUUCUGAACAAGGUGGCACAGCAUGCUGAGAAUGUCACAGGUCCAGAUGGACAAGAGAUUCUGGGAAAUAAGAUGACUGCCUCAAAUUUGGCCACAAUUUUUGGUCCUAACCUUCUGCAAAGGGAGAAACUUCUGGAGAGAGAGUCCAGUGUCAUGGAAAUUGAAGACACCACUAUGGUCAUUCUUGUGGUCCAGAGAUUAAUUGAGAACUAUGAAGCCCUGUUUACGGUAUCCCCAGAGGUGCAACAGGACAUCCUGAGGAAUCUGUUUCAAACAGAUCCUGAUGUAAUUGACUACCUCCUACGCAGAAAGUUUAAAACCACUUUGUAAGUCCUUGUCAGGAAAGAACACAAAUAUAUUCUUGCAAGACAAAAUGCGAGCUUUCAGACAUCCUUGCUGUUUCCCAUGGGACAAAUCCUCUGAAAUGUUCAUGGGUUAAGAGAUACUUAUACUUUGUCCCAUGCUAUCAUGAGAGUUGCUUGAAUGGUUGUCUUGCAGUAUCACUGUGAGGCAAAUGGACCAGUUGGUCCUCCAGGCAUCCCACAAUACACUGCUUUAGUCCCAAUUCUGGCUCCUUUUGAACUCUGUGCAACUGCUUUGGCCCUGACCACAGAACUCUACUGCCCAGAGCUGUCAGGCCCCAGGUGGCCACCCCUUCCUGUUAAUUGCCCUGUAUGAUUGAUUACUUGCCAGCCAUUUCAUGCUCAUCAUCCCUCCAGGAUCAGCAUCAGAAACUACAGCCACUGAACCAACUUUAAUCACCACAACCCCUGGGAACCUCCAUCCAACAAACCAUCCAGUUGUUAGGGAGGCCCUAGUAGACCCAACCACCACUUACCCUAGGCAAGUUUGGACUUCCAUACCCCCACACGCCCAUCCGUCUUCCCUUUACCAUGGCCCCUCAGUCCAACAACUUAAAUGUCAUGAACAUCUGUGGCAACAACUGGACCAGAGAGGAGUUAGCAGAUCUCAUCAUUAUCUAGCGUUAGAUUGAUAAUCAGCAGGUACAAGCCACCAAAACAAGGCAUUCUAUGAAUGGAUUGCAAAGGAAAUGACAACCUGGGGAUAUGUCCAUGACUGGGCUGCAUACCAGUCUAAGUGCCAGGUACUGAGGCAGCAGUUUGCAAGGACAUGGGACAGUAACCAUGUAUUAGGUGCAAUUAGUGCAGAUACAUCCACUGUGAGGCACUCUCUUACGUCUUUGUGGUCAUGUCAGAAAACAUGGUGGACAUGGUGGCCUGUGCUAUCCAGGAGAGUGAUGAGAAUUCCAAUCAUGGACGAAGACAUGUAGCCUUUUCAGGCUAUCACAGUGAUGAGCCAGAUCUGGAGCAACCAGUCUAUCCUGUUGAGGCACACAGACUCACUAGCCAUCUGCCAGAGCUGCGCGGACUCUGAAAUGGACUUGGGCUUGAACAAUGAGGACCUGGAGCAUCCAGUCCUCCACCAGUGUUCACCACCCCAUCCAGCCAUCUCUCUCCCCAAACAGUCCCAGUGCCCCAGAAAACACAGCCCACAAUGGGACAGAUCCUGGGGAUGAAAAGUGGGAGGCCACCAUUAUGGCUGGGUUAGGAAAAGUCAGGAAAUGGGAGGUGAGUGGGCAGGGAGUCAGAGCUCUCUGGAACUUAAUGGCUCAGUGGGCAUCUGCGGCAUUUAAACCAUGACUUCUUGCCCCCUUCCCUGGCCCUCUGCAGAAUGCAAUAUGCGGCUGCUGCACUGGAACCUCAUGGCUUUCUUUGGGACUGCUCCCAUUUCCUCAGUGGCCAUCCCGUAUGCAAGUAUGGUGUGGUAAUAGGUACUACUUUAGGCAAAGUGGACAAUUAAUGAAACUAGCCUUGUUUUUUGGAGGGGCAUCUUUAAUUGUCCAGUUAAUACUGCUUAAGCUAAUUGCCCACUUGACGCCUCAUCCAUCC